GCCCUCGUCCCCCUUCCUUUGCGAGGGCCAGGUUGGGGUCACACCAAUACCAGUCAUUGCUCACUCCACUUAUUACCUACAUCGUGACCACCUUGAUCAGGCGUACCCACCCUCUCUUACACCUUAUUACUAUUGGCUAAAGGAAUCAGCAAAGAUAAAGCAAAAGUGUAAGGAUAUGAUGGAUGCUUAUAACGAAGAGCAUGAAGCCGAAGACUAUACUCGGUGGAAAGCGGAGACCGAGUUACGGCGGUUCAAUUUCAGUGAUAAGAAGAAGCCAGGUCGAAAGCCAAGCUGGAAAUACACCAAGGCGACUGGAAAGCAGGAGCGGGAUUCGAAAGGCGGGAUCGACUGGAUGCGUUACCAACAGGAAGUCCUGCUUCCUAGGUUCAUGCCCUUUAUGAAGAAGCUCCGGGAAGAAUUCGGGAAGUACCAUGUUGUUCAGGAAGACAACACAAGUUCCCACAUCAAUCGUUGGAACCGUGAGCUUUGGAGAAAGGUUGGUUUCCAGCUUCUUGUAUGGCCGCCGAACUCCCCGGAUGUAAGGAAAGAGCCCCAACCCACACACACGGCCAACUCACACGCGUAAGCGGGCCAAGACCUCACUCCUUUGUCAUGACCUCUCGCCCGCCCUGCCCUGCACACUGUCAUUUAUAUAA